AUGGCUCCCAAGAAGAAUAAGCAGCGCGAAAAACUAGAACAGAGCCUUGCAUCUUCUAGCUCGCGUGCACAUCAGCUGCUUUUGGCUAAUUCGGAUGCCAACGUCACGAUGCCGCCCAAUUUCAUUGGUUUUGCUAGCUUUGCACAGCCAACUCGAAACGCCGUCGAGAUCCAAGCUGAGGGAAGCAGGGUGAAUGCUAAGGCCAUGGUGCAAAGCAUCUACGAUGGCUCAGAUCAUGAAAUUGCAUUGAUGCUUAAAAUGUUAGCGAAAAAAGGAAUCGUGACUAAGAACAAGGCGCUACAGAUAUUUCUCACAGAAGUGCUACCAUCUCGCCAGCCAGCAGAGAUCCGCCCAAUGCUUGGCCACUUCAUGCAGUUAUACACUUUCGAAAUGCGCGACCAGAACGAUCGCAAAGUUCGCCAAUUGCUUAAUGAGGUUUUGGCUGCCUUGGCCGAUAAGAUGCGGCCCCGCGCCUUCAUACCGCAUCUACAGCGGCUUCUACCUUAUUGGUACUUGGCCAUGCACGAUAUUAAUGCGGACGUUGCUGGAGUGGCCAAAAAAGCUUUCGAGAAGCUCUUUCCAGAGACAGAGAUGCUGAAGAAUGCGCUUGAAGACUAUUUGCCGGCUAUGCUAGAGGAAUAUCAAAGUUUUUUUGCCAGGACACCCGAAACCUUUGAAGGCAUUCCACUACAAUCUGAUGAAAAGGAGGAACGAUACGAGAGAUGCGUCUCGGCUGCGGUGCUUAGUAUAAAUGCUGUGAUCAAGUUUUUUGGCGAUCAAGAUAUGAUGGACAUGCUGAAUGAUAAAAGAUUCAGCUGCUCCGUUGUCACAGUCGUAUCGUCUGAUAAGUUUACACGUCUUGCGAAUGUAUCGUCCAAACACCCGAACUUCACACUAGAUAUUGUGAGAAGAGCAAUGUAUGUGGUAUUUACGACACUCUGUACAAGUGGCAAGUCAAUAAUUGCUGCGCGUGAAGAGAUGUACGGCAAGGUGAUUCUUGGGAGUCUCGGUGACAAGUGUCCUGCAAACCACGCUGCAAUGUGGAACGCUGUACUCACGUUUUUGCACAACUUUCCUAACGUAUGGCACUCUAGCAGUAGCUUUUCGAACUUUGUAUCCAAUGCAGUGUUUCCGCGUCUAUUUGCUCAAAUUCGACAUGGGUUUUAUGGCUCUGGCCAAUCUUCUUUCCCCACACUGCUGCCAUUUCUAUCAACAGUUCCCUUUAGUGUAGCAGUUGAUUUUGCCUUUGGUCGAUCCGCAUUAUAUUCUGGGGUUCUGGAGCAAUGUUGGAAAUUUAUCGACUCAAAGAAUUCACGAUUUGGUGAGCUACCAGCGAUUUCAGCUUUCUUCGAGUGUGUGACCGGCAUCUUUAGUAUUUUCUUGACGGGUUUAAGCGAAGACUGGCAAAGUAAACUGGCUGAUGAGCACUUUCAACUCAAUUAUGUAAAUCAGUUUGAGAACGUUUUUAAAUCUUCACUCACGACGACACUAAGCUCGCUCGACUUUCCGGAAACUGGAGUUGAGCUUUACGCUAGCAGUUUAAAUAAGUUAUUUACUCGGUUGCGUGACUGUUCAAUGGAUCUUGAUCUGCUCAAAAUGUUAAAAGAAGUCUUCACAGAAAAAAUUCACGCAUGGACAAGGCAAGCUAUCGUCUCGAUGGUGGCUAAAUCAUCUUUUGUUCCCUCGAGAAUCUGCAUACUAAUUCGCAUAAGCGUUAAUGAUGCCCGAGAGAGUGAUACACACGAGGCUGCGCAGUGGCUUUUGACGAGCACUGAGCUUUAUCUACAGUGUCUUGACCUGGUGGACAACUUGGUGGCUGAGCCAGCACUAAUUCCAGCAAAAAUCACGUCUUUUGAUCAUUUGCUGGAGGUAAUAAAUGGAAUUUGUGACGCCCAUCCAUUGAGCCUACUGAUAUCAAAUGAAUACGAUACGCCAGCGGAGACGCACUUUGAUGAUCAUUACCGUCCUGUGCUUCGUGUGCUAUCGAAGUGGAAGAAACUAGCUGACGAUUCUAGCUUGAAUAGCCCUUUUUGUGGUGCCUUGAAGCUAACGCGGCCAUUCUUUAUUGCUGCAAAAAACAAAAAACACUUUCUGCUGCAGCUUUUUAAAGAUUGCAAUAUUCAAUCCGGCGAUUUGGCGGGAGUAAGUGACAUCAUUCGAAACGGACUUAAUUUUCCAGUAACGGAUCUAGGAAAUGAGCAAUGGCUUAACUGUGGGAGCUGGCAUCGUCAGAACGAAAGUAAUGUGUUGCUUAGCGAUCAAGUUUAUCCAGAAUUGAAGGCACUUCAAGCAAUUUGGCAAGGAAAGUUGUUCGAUGAUUUAUUAAUGAUGAGUAUCAAGGGGAGCUCUGAUGACUUUGAUGCAAAUACUUUCAAUGAUUUCAUACAAGCAUGUCUUGGAGGCCUCUUUAACUCACCUGUUGUAAGUUCUGACGCUGUAGUUAUCUUGUGUCACUUUGUGAUCCAAAAAGGUGCCGACAACACUAACGUCAUUGUGAUGCAAAUCCUGACGCAUCUUUGCGAGCUAUUUUAUAAACUUGGUCGGUAUUCAUCAGCGGAACUUAAAGCUGUUGAAAGUGACGUGUACAAGCAACUAUUUCAUUUGUCAGCUCGAGGUAGCUACAGAGUAGAAGCAAGAGCUUUGUGGGAUCAGACUGUCAGCCAAAAUCUCAAGAAGUGGUCUUUGAAACGAACGGAGGACUUCGUGAACGAAUUGGCAAUAUAUAUAAAUGAUCUCCUCUUAGCUGAUUUGCCGGCGGGGGCAGUAUCUUUUAAUGCCAAGCUGUUUGCAGCAUAUGUCAAAUGCUACAUACAUCUUGGUGCUGACCAAACAUUCUACGCAGCUUCUCGACUUGUGGAGAAACUUGAUGCGAUAAAUCUGCGAUGCAACGUAGACGAUCAGAAGGAACUUUUUUACAGCCGAGUUCUGUUAUGUCUGGGCGAGAUUUGCGAGGAUGAGCAACUUGUUGACGCCUUGGUAGCAUAUUUUGUAUGGUUGGCGUCAGAGAAUGAAGUAAAGGCGGUGAGUCUCGUUAUGAAAUUUGUAGACCUAGAUGUUACUCAUGCGUUGACGUGGGUUGUGUUCCACUCGAAUAACCUCUUGCGAAGUGGCUUCGAUCUUGUGGAGAUAAUGGAGAGCUAUAUAUCUUUUGAACAUAUGUACAUAGCUUUGAAGCUGUCUUCGAGCAUUCUCGACAAGGUUGUCGUAGCCAUCAAUUCGUUAUGCCAGAAGAAGCGCAAGCGUGAAAGCGAAGAAGUUCGAAACAUUAUGUUUUUGUGCAAGAACCAAAGCGAGCGCGCCACGAGCCAAAAUCUAAGCUUGCUUACACAAGAGCAACACAAAGUACUAGAUGAAUUGUCUCUCGCAGUGCUAGCUCCAUAUAGCACUGUGACAGUGCGAACAGAUUCUAUCCAGGAGGUUGUGGAUCAAAAUGGUGACUGGAAAGCAGAAUCCACUCAAAUCAUUGCUCUUUCGUUAUUGAGCGCAAUAGGCUCGGAGAAGGAAGUCAACAAUAAAGUUGUCACAGCACUAAGGGGGUUACUUGCUUUAUGCAAUCGUGAUGUGGUUGCUAAACCCGAAGGUGUACUGCUAGAGUACUCACGAUUUGUGGCAGAAGGGGCUAAAAAAGAAGCCAAUUUCUUAAGCGCAUGCAGCUUUACCACGCAAGCAUUUGUUGAUUUGUCGAUUCAGGAAUCGGUUAUUUUACACAUUCAGAACCUGCUCUCGGUGAGUUCGCCUAGUGUUGUGGAAAUUGAAGAAUGGAUUACUAUCACGAACUACGUAGCAGCUCUUUCUCUGUAUUUGCCGAGUGCGACAUCAGAAUUUCGUGAUGCCUGGGAGACUCUUGCACGGCUGAUUGUGACCCAUGCUUUGGCAGGUAAAGCUGAUUACGCGAAAGUCACAUCACUUAAGCUUCAAACGCGAUGGAAGACUAUCGAUAAAAGCAUGAAGGGUGACGAAAAGCAGAUUGUGCUUAGUUACCCGAAUGAGCUAUUAAGUGCACGUUUGGCUUUAAUGAAUCUUGUAAGUGCUAUGUACAAUUUGAGCCCUGAUACUUUACAAAAGCUGGCUGUACACUUUCGCGAAGCACUUUUAUCUACAGUGCUUUGUGCAAUCUCAGAGUGUAUAGAGAUCAAGGCUAGUAUCGUUACUACGUACGUGGCAGUUGCUUCUCCAUCUCAGAGCUUCGAGCUUUUAAGUCUUUGGCUUGGCGUCGAGAAGAUACUAGCUAAUGCACUUCGAGCAUUGCGCUCAACUUUGACGAGCGUACAUGAUGUCGAUUAUAUUAAUCGAGUUGUGCUGGAAUCGUUUGGUGGCAUUGGGGCUCUUGCCUCUCUCUUUAAUCGUAAAAUCUACUCUCUUCAGCCUAUGCUGCGCGUGUUAUUGUACAUUGUGGCAACACAUAGUGGAGCUCUCCGGCUACGCCUGAAUAAUGAUACGACAAUCGAUUUGAAUGCUGAUAAUGAGGUUGCGACAGAAUCUGCGUUAGCCAGAGCGCUCAUCCCAAAGGCCUUGCGCUCAGCCUUGCGUGCGGUAUUCGCUGAUAAGAAUGGUGAAAGCAAUGCUGGCAACAAUAGUAUACUUAAGAAGCGCGAGCAAACAUCUCAGCAAGACACUAUAUGUGUAUUCCUUCUUUGGGAUUUAUUCCUACAGUUGUUUCCUGAGGGAAAAGAUGACAAUAGUACGGCACAUGAAGGUCCUUCGUCGGCUCUUAUCGCGUCCUCGUUAAGUUCAUAUGCUGCGCGUCAUGGAAUGCUAAAAACAUUUCUUGACUAUAGUACAGCGCUAUUAUCGCAAGACCAGCAGUGUAUGUCAAAAAAUGACGCUGCAGACCUUCGAGACGUCGCGCUUUUUGAUGUUUCGGAUCUGGAAAAAGUAGAAGACAAUGAGACAUGGAAUUUCAACGAUAAACGUGUGUUCCAGCUUGCAACACACGUGUUUUUCCGUACAGUAGUUCGUCUACCUGCGAUGGUGCGGUCUUGGUGGAACGAUACUUGCUCGCGAGCCACGCGAAACUGGGCUACCAAGUACUUUGAAGACCACAUCACUCCCUUCGUACUCGCAGCUGAGCUCGAUUUUAUACAAAAAGCUCGCGUGCGCUCAUCACUGACUGAUACGUCCUGGGAAGAUGAAGAAAUGACGGUAAAGGGAAGUCGAGUCUCUCGGGAAAUCACAACUACGUAUGUGAAGGAUGAGUGUGCUUUAGAAAUGGUUUUACGAGUUCCUUCCUCGUAUCCACUACGUUGUGUUGAGGUCGAGUGUACCAAGCGAAUUGGCAUUCCAGAGGAUCGAUGGCGACGAUGGGUGCUUCAAAUUAUUCGUGUCACAUCCUCUCGUGAUGGCUCAUUACUGGACGCGGUGCUGCUCUGGAAACACAAUGUGGAUAAAGAAUUUGAAGGAGUCGAACCAUGUCCAAUUUGUUAUUCCAUUUUGAACCCGAAGAACAUGGCUCUUCCAUCAUUGCCCUGCAAGACAUGCAAGAACAAGUACCACAACUCGUGUCUAUAUAAGUGGUUCAACCAGUCUGGAAAAAACAGGUGUCCAAUUUGUAUGCAGCCCUUUUGCUAA